GACCUCGCGGCUGACGACCCGGACGUCUUCGGGCCUCCAGAGGGACCUCCAAGGGCCUCCGUGAAGCACAAGCGCCGCAGGCGGCCGGACGACGCGCAGGGCGAUCCAGCCGCGCCCCCGCCGGCCGCCGCCGCGGCGGGCGUGGAGCCGCUGAAGGGGCUGCUGGUCGACAAGACGGCGCCCCGCCCGGCGGCCCUCGGGGCGCCGCGCGAGGACUCGCUGGUGUCGUCGGCGGGGACGCUGCCCGAGCCCGACGCCGCGGAGGACGGCGCGGACGCAGGUGCCGAGGGCGCGUUCCGAGUCGAGAUCCCCGCGGAGCUGGGCGCGGUCGACAACAACACCCGGCGCGGCAUGGGCACCAACGUCCUCGGCG